AUGCUAAACCUCUCAACACUCCAAACCUAUCUCACACAGCUACUCUCACCCACUGACACCAUUCACACUGCACUGCUUCUGACACCAGAGGGUGCAAUUGUCUCCUUUGCCUCACCGCACGCGCUCGGCAAUGGGUCUUCUGAAACGACGUGUCCACACCGAUCGAAAGAUGAGAUAUGGAUAUUGGCAGGGUUGAGUGCUGAAGUAUGGGCCGAGACAAGGAAUGAAGAAGGGGUUGAGAAGAGGAUGGGGAUGGCUGAGAGUGAGCUUGGGCGAAUAGUUGUCGUCCCUGUCGAUGAUGCUGGUCCGGAAUUGCAAGAUGAAAGAGAACCGCUGCUAUUGCUCGCUGUAAACGGUGGCGCAGAAGCUGAUUGGAAGACUAUGUGCACAAAAGCCAAAAAACUAGGAGCAUACCUCGCCCCCUCUGUAAACAAACACCGUGGUGCUAUCGAAGCAUCUCCGCUGAAUCGGACAUCGGCUACUACGAGCAAGAGCCGGACGAGGAGUACGACCAGGGGAGUUUUACGGUAGUCACAUGAUUUGAUGUGCUGCUCAUGAGCAGCCAAUGACAAGACGCGCUUUUGUGUGCACGCGACCUAUGGUUGGAUGAACUAGAAUAAUAAUACGAGUGUAGUAUGUGUUUUGGUAAUGGAGUGCUCUAGAGUCGGAUUAAUACGCGAUCCUCGGCCAGCGCGGGAAAAAUAGAAAUCGGG